GUGGUUAGCAUAACACCAGAUUUACUAUGACGCGAUUCUUAUGCAUGUUGAUCACAAAAGCACUAACAUGCUGUUACACUAUAUUAAAAAUAUAUUUAUUUUUUUUAAUACCGAUAUAUUCCGAUUGUUAACUAUAUUAUUUAGAUAACUAUUUGCUAGUUUAAAAAGAGAGAGAGAGAGAGAGAGAGAGAAUGCCAAACCAUGUUAUUAGCAAAGAAAUCUUAACGUGUCGAUGUAUAGUCACGACGCAUACUAGUGAGCAUUUAAAACCUUACUAUGAGAUGGUGUUGGCUGGGUGCUUAAAGAGUGGAUCCAAAACGCAAUCUGGUUUGGGCCGGCAAUGUCUUCGGCCCAAUCCGUGAGGAUCCGGUCCGCGUUGAAGGCCCGUAUAAUUAUCUCAAAAAUUCUUUUUCCCGCCUAUUUAACUCAGAAAUGUCGGGGGAAGAGUGACAGAGAACACCGCAUCUACAAUGGCGGAGGUCGAGAGGGAGGGAACUCGCCUCGCCCGCGACAUCGCGCGGAUCCUCGACGAGUGCCGCGUCUCGCACGCCGUCCACGCCCGUAAGCUCAAGGAGCUCUGCGCCCUCCGCUCCUCCUCCUCCUCGUCCUCCUCCUCCACAACCCUCCGCUUCUUCCCCUCAUUCGCCAAAACCCUAACCCCUCUCUUCGACUCCCCCCGCCGCAUCCUCUCCUCCGAGCGCGUCGUCCGCUUCGUCUCCGCCUUUGCCUCCCACCGCGACGGGAGCGACGUCGCCACCUCCGACGCCUUCUUGGAGGAGUUCCUCAGGUUCCUCAUCGCCGCCGCCGCUGCCGCACACCGGCCUGCUAGGUUUCGCUCAUGCCAGAUGAUUUCUGAGAUUAUAAUGCACUUGCCGGACGAUGCAGAGGUCAGCGACGAGGUGUGGGAUGAAGUGAUCGACAGCAUGAAAGUGCGAGUCCAGGACAAAAUCCCCGCCAUUCGUGCUUUUGCAAUCCGUGCUCUCUCACGAUUUGCAAUUGAAGGGGAUGAUGCUCAUGUCCUUGAUCUCUUUCUCCAGACCUUGGCUCAAGAACAGAACGCCGAGGUGCGGAAAACAAUAGUUCUAUCUCUGCCCCCUUCAAAUGUUACAUUGGAGGCAAUUGUUGGGUCCACACUCGACGUGAGCGAAUCAGUCCGUAAAGCAGCUUAUUGCGUCCUGGCGACUAAAUUCCCACUUCAAAGUCUCAGCAUCAAGCAUAGGACUACUCUCCUUCAGAGAGGGCUUUCCGACAGAUCCUCUAUUGUUAUCAAAGAAUGCUUGAAGAUGCUGAAGGAUGAGUGGCUUUCCAAGUGCUGCGAGCGAGAUCCUGUUGCUCUUCUCAGAUUUCUAGAUGUAGAGACUUACGAGUCAGUUGGAGAAGCUGUAAUGGAAGCCCUUUUGAAAGAAGGGUUGAUCAGAGUGCAAGAAGGUCAGAGUUUGAGGCAGUACUCGACAUCACACGCGGAAACUGAGGGAGAACACAGCCCCAGUAUUCAGCUAAUGGAUGCCGAGGUUGCUCUUUAUUGGAAAACACUGUGCAAACAUUUGCAAGCUGAAGCUCAAGCCAAAGGCUCUGAGGCAGCAGCUACUACUGGUACUGAAGCAGCAGUAUAUGCUUCAGAAGCUUCAGACAACAAUGAUCUUUUGGAGCGAAUCCUUCCAGGGACUGUUUAUGAGUAUGUUGCUCUGGUAAAAGCACACCUUUCUGCAGGACCAAACUACCGCUUCAUAUCCCGACAGCUUCUACUUCUUGGUGCAAUGCUUGAUUUUUCAGAUGCAACAAACAGGAAGGCUGCUAGUGGUUUUUUGCAUGAACUUUUCCUCAGGCCUCUCGAACAUGAAGUUGACGACCAUGGGAAUGAGAUCGCCACAGGAGAUGGAGUCAGUCUUGGUGGAGAUAAGGACUGGGCAAGAGCAGUAUCAGAGUUGGCUCAAAAGGUUCAUGCUUCUUCUGGUGAAUUUGAAGCAGUUGUUACCAGUGUGAUUGAGGAGCUUGCUCGCCCAUGUAGGGAGAGAACUGCCAACUCUAUGCAGUGGAUGCAUUGCCUUGCAGUGACUAGCCUUCUUCUGGAGAACAUUGAUUCCUUAAAGAGAUUGCAAGGCAAAGCUAUUGAGCCUUAUGAGUUGCUUCACUCUUUGUUGCUCCCAGCAGCAAAACAUAUUCAUGUUGAUGUACAGAGGGCUGCCAUUAGAUGUCUUUGUCUCUUUGGCCUGUUAGACUUGAGGCCAAGCCCAGACCUAGUAACACAGUUGCGCCUAUCCUUCAUUAAUGGCCCUGGUCCUGUUAGUGCUAUGGCCUGUAAGGCAUUGAUCGAUCUUGCCACAUGGCAUGGCCCUCAUGAAGCUGACAAAUUGAUUGGACUCGAUUUGCCACAAGCUGAUGAUGGCAAAACUCAUUUCACUUCAGUUAAUAUAUCAGAAAUAAAGGAAGAUGAUUUAAGCAUAGGAGUACUUGAUCUCCUAUUUUCUGGAUUCAGAAAAUAUGAUUGGGAAGCAAGCACCGAACAUGAUGAUUAUGAUAACAUUCAAGCUAUUCUCGGAGAAGGUUUUGCAAAGAUUCUUCUCAUGAGCAAGAACUACCCUAGCAUACCUUCUCAUUUACAUCCUUUGAUCCUAUCCAAGCUCAUCAACCUGUUUUUCUGUGAUGAGACCAAAGAAUUACAAAGGUUGAAGCAAUGUCUGUCCGUCUUUUUUGACCAUUAUCCAGCCCUCUCGCAUAGUCACAAGAGUUGCAUCUCCAGAGGAUUCAUACCAGUCAUGCGAGGUAUGUGGCCUGGUAUAUGCGGCAAUUCUGCAGGCUCGACCACUGCAGUGUCUCGAAUGAGAAAACGUGCAGUCCAAGUGUCACGGUUCAUGCUGCAAAUGAUACAAUGUCCUUUAUUUUCAAAAGAGAGCGAAGAACAACAUUCUACGAAGAGCUCUGAUAGCCUCUUGACUUCAGUGCAGUCAUUAGACAACUUUGACAGUGGAGAAGAAGGGCUUGCCAUUCGCAUUGCUGUGGAGGUAGCAAGCUUUCCUGAGAAGAAGACAUCUGCUGGAAAAGCAUAUAUAUUGGCACUGUGCAAAACAGCCUUAUUAUUGCAAUUUCACCGAUCAGAGCAAAGGGCUAUUAAGUGCAUGAGAGGAUUGUUGAGUGUCAUGAUUACAUCAGCAUCAGCCGACAAGGAAGUAGUCAAAGAACUUUCACGAAUGGCAGCACGAUUAAGAUCUCUUGAUGAAAAUCCAAACGAGGAGCUAUCACAAGAACAAGUUGAUGCUUUAUUUGGAAAGCUUGGAUUGGAAGGGAGCAUUAAACUGGAUAUCAACUCAGUGCUGCCGCCAACACCAGCACCACAAUCAGCCAGAGCUACUGCUGCUAGGAGAAGAGUAAGGCGUGAACCUUCCUCUUCCGAAGAAGAAGAUGAUGAAGAAGAUGAUGGUGAUAAUAAUGAGGCAUCGGUUCGUCAAGUUAUAGCGACUCCAACCUUGACAGCCAUGCGUUCUCAGAGAGCAAGCAAGACGGCUGCGAUGAGCAAGAUAGCUGCCAAAACUGCCACUGUUUUUCCGGGUGGUAAGAUGGAAGACGAUCAGUCUGAUGUGACAUCGGACGAAUCUUCAGAUGAAUCUGGCGAUGAUCUUGAUGUGUGAAUCAUUACAAGGCUGUGUGCCAUUGGGAUGAAAGGCUAUGAAUCUAUGUGCUAGGGAUGACAUAAAAGGAAGCCCCAUCCAUAGUUUGAGAUUAUACUUGCUCACAUGAGUCGACUAUUUAAAGUUUCAAUGUGUAUCCCUUUAGUGUUAUCCGAAUCUUAGGAGACAUUUGUUUAUGAGGUGCAAGUAUUUGUUGUAUGUUGUAUGCUGUUGUUUUGCUCAUGAUGGAAUGAGCUAUAUGAUGAUAUUGUUGUGUUUAUAAUUUGUAGCAGCAACUUUCAGUGCCUAGUGCCUGAUACCUAGAGUAUUAUGAUGAUAAAAUUCGGAUGAAAACUGUAUUGUUGAACAGC